AUGGAUCCCGUAAUAAAAGGCCUGAGGGACGUAAAGAAUGCUCUGCCCAAGGGAAGUACGACUCUCUGUGGGAGCAAGCUUAUGAAAAGGCCCAACUGCGAGACUAUGAUGGAAGUGAUUGAGGAUACGCUGGAAAAAGUGCAUGCUCAGUAUAUGGUGCGGAUAUCUGAGUCCAUUGUAAAUGGCUCGUGCAUGGAUAAGGCUGUCCACGUGCAGCUGACCCGUGUCUUGGACCUUUUCCAAAAAACGAAGAAGCGAGUCCUCCUCACAGUGAAAGACUCCAGGCAGGACCCUGUGGAGAGCGAGUAUCUGUUCAAGGUCCUGCAGAUGCUGAAGUAUGUCUCAUAG